AUGGAGUCAGCAUCAGAUGUAUUACGACAGCGGAAACUAGCUAGGAUGAAGAGGAAAUAUGCCGAGCUAACUGCCAUAGACAAACAAAAGUACAUAGACAAAGUGAAAAAAGCUAAGACGCUGAGGAAAGAAAGAAAUUCGAUUGGUUACAACCAUAAUCCUAUGCAUGAGGAAGUGACUAGCCCUUUUACAAAAGUUGCAUCAAAUGCAGUAGCAUUAGCUUCUACCAAUGAAAAAUACCAAAAAUCGCCAAUUAAUAAGUGGCUUUUAAGAGCACAAAUGAUUCCUGGCCGACGAUCAGAAGGUCUAACAAUUUAUGAUCCUGUAUGCUCAGAGUUGCAUGAAUUAAAACACGUUCCUAAUUGCAUACAUUGUCAUGCGGUAAGAUUUGAAUAUGAACCUAAGACAUUUUGUUGUGGCAAUGGAAAAGUUAGAGUUGCGCCUAUUGAAAUGCCAGAUGAAAUGUAUGACAUGUUUGUCUCUGAAUCCGAAGAAGCUGUAACCUUUCGCAAGAAUAUCCGUGCGUUGAAUUGCAUAUUCUCUUUCACCUCAUUAGGAGUGAAAUUAGAUAAGGAUCUUGCAUCUGCAAAGCAUGGGGUUUACACUUUUCGAGCACAAGGCAUGGUAUAUCAUGAUCUUCCAGGAUUGACUCCAAAUGAAGGUGGCCCUACCAAUUUUCAGUUAUAUUUUGUUGAAACCGAAAAAGAGAUUGAGAAUCGGUUAAAGAUUCUAGAUAAUUCGGAACUAUCUGAACCUAUAAUCAACAAAGUUAUGAAAAUUAUGGAGGUAAACCCAUAUGCAAGAUUAUUCAGAACAUUAAAGGAUUAUCCUUCUAUGGAUAAUGUUCAACUUCAUAUCUCGAAAGACGUGCGAUUAGACCAGCGUGUUUACAAUUCUCCAACUGCGGAUCAAGUGGCAGCUAUUUGGGUUGAAGGAAAUGAUCCUCAUAUACCAGCUGAACGAGAUAUUGUUGUUCAUGCACGGUCAGGCCAUAAGCAUAGAAUCAAACAUUAUUACGGUUGUUAUGAUCCGAUGCAAUAUCCCCUUCUCUUUCCAAAAGGUGAUACAGGGUGGCACCAAAAUAUACCAAAAAUAGGAGCCCAGACGUCGAAUACUAUAAUCAGUUCAUCCCUACCAACUGGUGGAGUUAUUCAUACAGAACAACAAAGAGCAAACGAGGAAGCUGCGGAAUCGGAAAAUAUAACUUCUUCAUAUGACAUUCUCGCACGAGAACAACAAGCAAAUGAUGUAGCUGCGAAAUCGAAAAAUAUAACUUCUGCAGAUGACAUUCUCUCACAAGAACAACAAGGACGUCUACUCCAACAAUACGUUGUCGACAUGUACAUAAAAUUAGAGACAACAAGGUUAGAUUACUGUAGACAUAAUCAGUCUAAUUUGAGAUCUGAGUUAUACCAAGGAAUCAUGAAAAGUGUACAACAAGGAGAGACAAGAGGCAGCGAGGUUGGAAAAAGAAUUAUUCUACCACCAUCUUUUAUCGGAGGUCCGAGAGAUAUGCGUCGUAGAUAUCUUGAUGCAUUGGCGUUAGUCCAAAGGUUUGGAAAACCUGAUUUUUUUAUUACAAUGACUUGCAAUCCAGAGUGGGCAGAAAUACAAGAAAAUUUGUACCCUGGUCAAAAGGCUCAGGAUCGACCUGAUUUAACCUCAAGAGUCUUUCGAGCAAAAUUGCAAGAUUUACAAGAUCAGUUGUUUAAAAAGGAGAUACUUGGAAAAGUGGCUGCACAUGUGCAUGUGAUUGAAUUCCAAAAAAGAGGACUUCCACAUGCUCAUAUUUUGAUUAUACUGAAGUCGGAGUAUAAAAUUACCACUCCAGAUACCUAUGAUAGGUUCGUGAAUGCAGAACUUCCAGAUCCAGAAAAACAUCCUGCACUUCAUGCCUUGGUUGUGAAACAUAUGAUGCAUGGACCAUGUGGAUCAAAGAACAAGAGUAAUUCUUGUAUGGUUGAUGAAAAAUGCAAAUAUCAUUAUCCACGACCAUAUUGUGAAAGCACGAUUCAAGGCAAAGAUGGAUAUCCGAUAUAUAGAAGGAGAAGAAAUGGAAUUACUGCCCAAGUUCGCAGAGCUCAUCUAAAUAACCAGUGGGUAGUACCAUAUAACCCAUAUCUCUUGUCCAGAUAUAAUUGUCAUAUAAAUGUUGAGAUAUGUUCUGGAGUGACAGCAGUUAAGUAUCUAUACAAGUAUAUCUACAAAGGGCAUGAUAGAGUGGCUGUUAAUAUCUCACAGAAUGAUGAAGAAAAUAAUAUUGAUGAGAUCAAAGAAUAUCAAGAUGCUCGAUGGGUCUCAGCUCAAGAAGCCAUUUGGAGGAUUUACGAAUUCAAUUUGAAUGAAAUAUCUCCACCGGUCAUUGACCUCCAUCUUCAUCUACCUAACCAACAAUGUGUCACUUACUGGGCAAAUCAAAAUUUGAGCAACGUCCUCAAAUGGGACCAUGUGUCUAAGACAAUGCUCACCGAGUAUUUUUCAAUGUGUUCGAGAAGUGAAAAAGCGCGAAAAUACCUUUACAAGGAGUUCCCAGAAUAUUACGUAUGGGACAAGCAAGGUAGAUGUUGGUCUGAAAGAAAGAAAAGAGAUGUGAUAGGGCGUAUACAUGGUGCAAAUCCUAUGGAAGGAGAACGGUAUUAUCUUCGAUUACUAUUGAAUCAUGUAAGAGGUCCAACAUCUUUUCUAGAUCUUUUAACAGUUAAUGGAAUACGAUGUGCUAACUUCAAAGAAGCAUCACAAAAAAGAGGCUUACUAGAGUCUGAUCAAAGUGUUAUUGAAUGUUUAAAUGAAGCCAUCACUUUUCAAAUGCCUCAUGAACUGCGCCGAUUAUUUGCAACCGUCUUGGUAUAUUGUGCUCCAACAGAUGUGAGAGUUCUCUGGGACACAUAUUUUGAAGCAAUGUCAGAGGACUUUAGAAAAGAAAAUGAUACAUCAAAGGAGAGACAAAUUACGAGAACUCUCCAAAGUGUGAAUUAUUUUUUGGAGAGCAUGGGGAAAAAAUUGGAAUCAUAUGAUCUUCCAAGUGCUCCAAUUGAUACUAACCACGUGACUACAAAUCUGUCAAGAGAGAUAGAAGAUGAGUUGUCAAUAGAAAUACCUUCUGAAGAUUACGAGGCCGAGAAAAAACUGAAUAAAGAACAACAAUAUGCCUUCAAAGUAAUCUUAGAAUUCAUACACAAAGGUAAAGCCGGUAUGUUCUUCAUUGAUGGCCCAGGGGGAACUGGAAAAACAUUCUUAUAUCGUGCGUUGUUAGCUCAUUUAAGAUCUACAAAAAAAAUAGCCAUUGCAACAGCGACAUCUGGAGUUGCCGCUGCAAUAAUGCCUGGAGGAAGAACAGCUCAUUCACGUUUCAAAGUACCAAUCGAUGCAAAUGAGUCCAGUGAUUGCAAUAUAUCAAAGCAAAGUGAGUGGCUAAUCUAUUGCGUACAGGAAAAUUAA